CUCAAACGUUCCCGAUUUGUUUACACGCGAAUCGUACGUGUGCUGGCAUUUUUCUGUAAUUGUUAUUUAUUAUAUUAUAUACGUUGUGUAUUAUAUGUUAGGGCUGGUGAAAUCGAAGAGUCGCUUUCGGUUUUUAGCUCGUCUUGGUAGCAGCGUCAUGGGCAGCAAGCAGACGGAGAAUGAGGACAAUAGAUUGGACACAUUUCGGCGCAUUUGUGAUGAAAUAGCUGCAGAAUCAAGCUACCUAAAGAAGGUGGAUAAGCUACAGAAUUUCUUUGAAAAGGGCACCAGUGGCUCUGGCUUCGAGGGCGACACAUUGCAGUGGGUGCAGUUUCUGAUACCAGUGGCCAACCAGCGCGUCUACAAUUUGCAGAACAAGGCGCUGAUAAAACUAUUUUCACGCAUUUUCAAUGCAAACCAGCAGCAAAUGCACCUGGAUCUUGAACAGGAUGGAGACGUGUCUGAGACUCUACGCAAGCAUUUUGCCGAGACAAGCAAACUCAAACCGCAGAAGCAAAGCAAACUCUAUUUGCAUGAAGUGGAGAGGCUGCUCACCCAGCUCGAGGAGCGCACCAAAGAGGAUGAACAAACGGAACUGUUGCAGGAGCUGUGCAAGAAGGCAACCGAUUUGGAUUUACGCACCUUUAUCCGACUGAUUAAGCAGGAUCUACGCAUAAAUGCACGUGCCAGACAUAUACUGGAUGCCUUUGGCCCACUCGCUUAUCCCGCCUAUCAAUCGUCGCGCGAUUUAUCAGCCAUCGUGGAACAGUUUGCGGGGAAAAAAGACAACAAGACCACAGCCCCUGGCCAAGUAAAGAAGACGAAGAAAAUUGGUUUGAACGGAAGUGGGAUUCAAGUAAUGACCCCAAUAUCGCCCAUGCUGGCCAAUGCCUGCAAGUCUGUGGAGGAAGCGUUCAAAAAGAGUCCCAGCGGUCUGUACGGUGAAGUAAAAUACGAUGGCGAGCGUGUGCAAAUCCACAAGCAAGGCACGGAAUUCAAGUUCUUUAGUCGCAAUCUGAAGCCGGUGAUGGAUCACAAAAUCAAAGCUCUAAAGGACCAUAUACCACGAGCCUUCCCCGGAGCCGGCGACAUGAUUCUGGACUCUGAGAUAAUACUGGUGGACACAGAGUCGGGCGCCAUGCUACCCUUUGGCACUUUGGGUGCGCAUAAGAAGCAGACAUUUGCCAAUGCGUCAGUUUGUCUGUUUGUCUUCGAUUGCAUACUCUACGAUGGCGAGGAUUUGACACAGCUUGAAUUCCAUAAACGUCGCAAAAUACUCGAGGAAAACAUCAAUCCCUUGAAAUCCCAUGUGCAGCUGUCCGAGUCUCAAUUUCUGAAGACAAAGAACGAGCUGGCCAUGAUGACGGCCAAGGUUUUGCAUGCCAAUCUGGAGGGUGUGGUACUGAAGAGUCCCAAUGGCAUCUACCAGCCCGGCAAGCGCAACUGGCUGAAGGUCAAAAAGGAUUACCUCUUCGAGGGUAAAAUGGCGGACACAGCUGAUCUCGUUGUGCUGGGUGCGUGGUAUGGCUCUGGGAAGAAGGGAGGUGUGCUCAGCAUCUUUCUGAUGGGAUGCUACGAUGCGCGUGAUCAUCUGUGGAAAACUGUGACGAAAGUCCACUCUGGCCUAGACGAUGCCACCAACGAGGAGAUACAUGGCACGCUGAUGAAGCUAAGUGAGCGUGCUGAUGCCAAUAAGACACCCGAUUGGCUGCUGUGCAAAAAGUCUCUGGUGCCAGAUGUCUUGGCCAAGGAUCCAGCAAGCAUGCCUGUGUGGGAGAUCACUGGGGCUGAGUUUACCAAGUCCGAGGCACACACAGCGUCCGGCAUCUCGAUACGCUUUCCCAGGAUAACACGUCUGCGCAGCGAUAAAACGGCGAAGGAGGCAAAUGAUUUGGCCCAUUUGGAAGACUUGUAUGAGGCCUCCAAGAAGAAUGUCAACGUGGAUCUGCUAUUGGCCAAUUGUGAUAAGGACGCGCAUGACGAAAAGACGCCCCAAAAGGUAAAGCCAGCCAUUAAUACCCGUUCGAGCAGUAAUCAAAAACUAAAGAGAUCGCCCACUGGUUCGGAUGAUGACGACAAAGCUGGUCGUGCGCCAACGCAGAGCAAACGCAAGAUACCAAAGCUUGAAUGUAUUUCACCAUCACAAAAGGGCCUUAAAGAUUAUUUCAAGUCCAGCAAAUCGGAAAUAAAAACUGAAGUAAAGCUGGAGGAUAAAGCAUCCGAUCCCAUUAGCGUGGAGAGCAAGUUAUUUGUGGGUCUAGUGGCUCAAUUUGAUGUGAAUCGAGACCUGGCCAAAAUUAGAGAUGAGUUUGUGAGGCACGGAGGUUCUCUCACCACGGACACAAAAAAGGCAGAUUUGGUUUUCUAUGCCGACAAGGCUGUGGAUUUGGAUAAACUGAGGGCUCUUUACCGCCGCAGCUGUCGUCAUCUCAACGUUGGCUGGCUUAAUGCAUCCAUUGAGAACCAGAGUCGGCAGCCUUAUCCGCUUUAUGCUGUAUUGCUUAAGCGCUGAAUUUGCUUUGUUUAAAAAUAUUUCUACAUACGAGUAUGUUAGAUUAAUGGAUGAAAUUAUUAUACUAUAUACAUGUUUAUCAAAUGCGGUACACGAUUUCAACAAGCGGCGACACCACUCAAAGCUUCAUUUGAAAGCUUUGCGCCGUUUCUAAUAAAACAAUUCCAGUUUGUUUGUGGCGUCGC